AUGCACGACCGCACGGGGGCCAGUGGGUACCGCGCGGGCACCAAGCUUGCCCCGCGCGGGUCCUGCACGGAUUGGCUUACGCUACCGCGCGCUACAAAUACCUCGCAGUACCCUCUUAGUUUCGGAGGGCGCUCGUACCGCGGCCAUGCAAUACUUCCCUUCGGGGCAUUUGUCAAGAAACCCAAGUAUCCGGCCCGUGAGGUCGAUUCUAAAAACGCUGAGCGCCUGAAAAAGGUAUUCAAGACAUUCGCGUUGGAGAGAACAUCACCCUUACGCCGCAUUCCCGUGCUGCUUAGCGAAGCAGCAUUCCAAGAGAUACUUCACCGUUCUAACGUGCGAGAGGAACGCCUUACACAUAUACUGCAAGGGGACCUUACACAUAUCUCAGAGAUUCCCAGGCUUGAUGCGCCUGAUGGAAGCGUGGAAUAUCUGCACGGUCAUCAUCGCAUUUUGGCCGCAAAAGCGGGGCUUGCAGAAGAGGAACACUGGUGGGGGGUUGAUGUAUACAUUGAAGAGUAUACAACAGCAGACGAGAUAUAUUUCAUGCAAAACCAAUACGUCAACUCCGCCAAUAUCACGGACGAGGAAAUCUUCCGCGCGGCAUGGGCACUUGGCAAUGGGUGUUGGGCAAUGGGUGUUGGGCAAUGGGUGUUGGGCAAUGGGUGUUGGGCAAUGGGUAUUUCUCAAUGGGCGCAUGGUGGCGCGUCUCAAACCACAACCAUCAUCCUUGUAGCGCCACUGCGAUUACCUAUCGCAUUGCGACAUGGUCUCCGCUUCCUCGUCGAACUUAUCACCCGAUCCGGACAGCAGGACAGCGGCCGGACUCACGACUUCCUAACAUGCCACGCAUGGCAUGCGGCAUCCUGCGAGCGGUUAUCGCUCGAGGAAGAUCAAUCAUUCAUAAUGGGAGUGGCAUACUAUACUAUACGGUUAAGAGAAAAACUGUAG